UACUUGUCUUUCGUCAAGGACAAUCCCAGUCACCGUCCGAUCACCACGGCCCCAAAGGCAACCGGGAUGGCUCACACAAUUUCUCCUUCCGCGGCGACCCUAGCAUAUCUCCACCGUCGGAAAUUUACACGGGGAAAGUUAUUUCCGGGUCGCUCUUGUAAGAAUUCAUCGGGUUCAUUGCUUCCUUCUGCUAGGCGUCGAUUCUAUUUUGUUGCUUCGGCCACAAAUGAAAGGUACAGGGGCGUUAUGGAAAUUUCUGAAAGUGAAGCUCGGCCUCCCAUUUAUGCGUGGCCUGAUCAUAACAAGAGACCAAGAAUUUGCAUACUAGGUGGCGGAUUUGGAGGUCUGUACACUGCACUAAGAUUGGAAUCACUUGUUUGGCCUGAUGACAAGAAACCCCAGGUGGUUCUUGUUGACCAAUCUGAGCACUUUGUAUUUAAGCCAUUGUUAUAUGAGCUCCUCUCUGGAGAAGUAGAUGAAUGGGAAAUAGCUCCGCGCUUCUCAGACUUGCUUGGAAACACCAGCGUGCAAUUUUUCAGAGACAGGGUAAAAUGCUUAUAUCCCUCGGACCAUUUAGGAAUGAAUGGGGCUACAGUAACUGGGUCUGGAGGCGUGGUUCAUUUGGAGAGUGGUCUCCUUAUUGAAUAUGAUUGGUUGGUACUUGCACUUGGAGCUGAAGCAAAACUUGAUCUUGUGCCAGGUGCCGUGGAAUAUGCAUUACCAUUUUCUACCCUUGAGGAUGCUCAUAAAGUUAAUGAGAAGCUAAGAGCAUUGGAGCGUACGUACUUUGGCAAGGACUAUCCAAUUCGUGUUGCUGUUGUAGGAUGUGGUUACUCUGGAGUUGAGUUGGCUGCCACAAUAUCAGAAAGACUGCAGGAUGGGGGAGUUGUAAAGGCAAUUAAUGUUGGAAAAGAAAUCUUGCCAAAUGCUCCACCUGGCAACAGGGAAUCUGCAUUAAAAGUUCUUUCGUCUCGGAAUGUUCAACUAUUACCAGGUUAUGUUGUCCGUCGGAUAAGAAAGGGUGGUGGGUUUGGAACUUCUCAUGAGCUCACGAAAGUUGAAGCUCUUUAUGAUGCAACAGAAAUUCGUACUCCUGAAAGUCUAGUACUGGAGCUGCAGCCUGCUGAAAGGGGUUUGCAAAGUCAAAUUGUGGAAGUAGAUUUAGUUUUAUGGACUGUUGGGACUAAACCUCAACUUCCUCUAUUAGAACAUAAUGAUAAUCCCAACAUGCUUCCUCUUAAUGUUAGGGGCCAAGUAGAAACAGAUGAAACACUUCGUGUUAAGGGUCACCCGCGUGUAUUUGCAGUCGGUGACUCUUGUGCUUUGAGAGGCAAGCAUGGAAAUUUGCUUCCAGCCACUGCACAGGUAGCAUUACAGCAGGCAGAUUUUGUUGGUUGGAAUCUGUGGGCAGCAAUAAAUGGCAGGCCUCUGCUGCCAUUUAGGUUUCAGAAUGUAGGUGAGAUGAUGACUCUUGGGAGGUAUGAUGGUGCUGUUUCACCAAGUUUCCUCGAGGGGAUAACUUUGGAGGGUCCCAUUGGCCAUUCAGUUAGGAAAUUUGCAUGCUUAACAAGAUUUCCAACAGACGAGCACCGGUUGAAAGUAGGGUUCAGUUGGCUAACAAAGUCUGCAGUAGAGACUGCUGCCUUUGUCCAAAAUACCUUCACCAAGUACUUACAGAAUUUGAGAUGAUGAAAAUGUCAACUAUGUUUAUCAUGUCCAAGUAGAAAUAGAACUAGUUAUAAUGCCUUGAAUUUUUUGACUUUUGUUUAUUAGCAGAUGCAAACAAUCUUGUCGACAAUGUCCUCACAAGAUAAAGCAAGAAAUCAUUGCAUGUUAUGAAUUUACUGUAAAUGACAGCCUCUUGUCUUCCUUGUGUGGAA